CUGUUUGGUUCGGCCCAGAGAUGGGAUGCCAAGCCUCCUCAGGGAGCACCGCAGAUGCAAAGGCCUCGCUGAGCCACUGCCGUGAGGGCAAGUGAGCAAGCUGCCAGAGGAUGUCCACGACCACAGCGGUUGCCCCUGCGGGGAUCCCGGCCGCCCCGGGCCCUGUGAACCCACCCCCACCCGAGGUCUCCAACCCCAGCAAGCCAGGCCGCAAGACCAACCAGCUGCAGUACAUGCAGAACGUGGUGGUGAAGACGCUGUGGAAGCACCAGUUCGCCUGGCCCUUCUACCAGCCCGUGGACGCCAUCAAGCUGAACCUGCCUGAUUAUCAUAAAAUAAUAAAAAACCCGAUGGAUAUGGGGACAAUUAAGAAGAGACUAGAGAAUAACUAUUACUGGAGUGCCAGUGAAUGUAUGCAGGACUUCAACACCAUGUUUACAAAUUGUUACAUUUAUAACAAGGUGAGUACGCAGCAAGUGGCGGCCGUGUCCGCAGUCUCUCCAGCAGCCCCCUUCCAGAACAUGCCCCCCACCGUCUCCCAGACGCCCGCCAUUGCUGCCACCCCUGUACCGACCAUCACUGCAAAUGUCACGUCCGUCCCUGUCCCCCCGGCCGCUGCACCACCUCCUCCCGCAACACCCAUCGUGCCCGUGGUCCCUCCCACACCGCCUGUGGUCAAGAAAAAGGGCGUGAAGCGGAAAGCUGACACGACCACACCCACCACGUCGGCCAUCACCGCCAGCCGGAGUGAGUCCCCCCCGACACUGACGGAGCCCAAGCAGGCCAAGGUGGUGGUCCGACGGGAGAGCGGGGGCCGCCCCAUCAAGCCUCCAAAGAAGGACCUGGAGGAUGGGGAGGUGCCCCAGCACGCAGGCAAGAAGGGCAAGCUGUCGGAGCACCUGCGGCACUGUGACAGCAUCCUCAGGGAGAUGCUGUCCAAGAAGCACGCGGCCUACGCCUGGCCCUUCUACAAGCCGGUGGACGCCGAGGCGCUGGAGCUGCACGACUACCAUGACAUCAUCAAACACCCCAUGGACCUCAGCACCGUCAAAAGAAAGAUGGACAGCCGCGAGUACCCAGAUGCACAGGGCUUUGCCGCUGACAUCCGGUUAAUGUUCUCCAAUUGUUAUAAGUACAACCCUCCAGACCAUGAAGUGGUAGCCAUGGCCAGGAAGCUCCAGGAUGUGUUUGAGAUGAGGUUUGCCAAGAUGCCUGAUGAACCAGUGGAGACGCCUGCUCUGCCCCUGCCCACGGCUCCCAUGGUGAGUAAGGGCACCGAGAGCAGCCGCAGCAGCGAGGAGAGCUCUUCCGACUCAGGCAGCUCGGAUUCCGAGGAGGAGCGGGCCACACGGUUGGCAGAGCUGCAAGAGCAGCUGAAGGCCGUGCAUGAGCAGCUGGCUGCCCUGUCUCAGGCCCCAGUGAACAAACCAAAGAAGAAGAAAGAGAAGAAGGAGAAGGAGAAGAAGAAGAAGGACAAGGACAAGGACAAGGAGAAGCACAGGGCCAAGUCUGAAGAGGAGAAGAAGGCCAAGGCAGCCCCCCCUGCCAAGCAGGCGCAGCAGAAGAAGGCUCCUGUCAAGAAGGCCAACAGCACCACCACAGCCAGCAGACAGCUGAAGAAAGGCGGCAAGCAGGCGUCUGCGUCCUACGAUUCGGAGGAGGAGGAGGAAGGCCUGCCCAUGAGCUAUGACGAGAAGCGCCAGCUGAGCUUGGACAUCAACCGGCUGCCGGGGGAGAAGCUGGGCCGCGUGGUGCACAUCAUCCAGUCCCGGGAGCCCUCGCUCAGGGACUCCAACCCUGACGAGAUCGAGAUCGACUUCGAGACCCUGAAGCCCACCACGCUGCGAGAGCUGGAGAGAUACGUCAAGUCUUGUUUACAGAAAAAGCAGAGGAAGCCGUUCUCCACCAGCGGGAAGAAGCAGGCAGCCAAAUCAAAGGAGGAGCUAGCUCAGGAAAAGAAGAAGGAGCUGGAGAAGCGGCUGCAGGACGUCAGCGGGCAGCUGAACAGCAAGAAGCCGGCCAAGAAAGAGAAAUCGGGCUCGGCGCCAUCGGGGGGGCCGUCGAGGCUCAGCAGCAGCAGCUCCUCGGAGUCGGCCAGCAGCAGCUCCAGCGGGUCCAGCUCUGACAGCAGUGACUCUGAGUGAACUUAGACUCGGACAAGCUCGCAGCGUCCUCUUCUGUGGUUAAUAUACUACUCUUGUUCCAUGGUGUGCAGGUUUCCUUUUGCUCAGUGUCAGUGUUAGAUCUCUUCCAGCUGUGCUUCAGUGGGCAGAGAGCCUCCUGCGUGUGGCGUGCGUAGGUCAGACCUGAGAAUGGGCGCCCUGCGGUGAGUCGCUCGGAGACAGGAGCCCCACCACCUGGGACCUUGCAGAACCCCUCUUCUCUGCCCCGCUGGGUCUGUUACUUGGAAAAUUUUCAAGGCUCUCUGCAGUGGGGCGGUGUGUGAGCGCUGCGCUGCGCUGUCUUUGCCAUCUGGCCCUUUGCCUGAUGCGGCCACCUCUCUCCGGGGGGCUGAGGACGGAUGCCGGGCACCCGAGCCCCCCUCGGCCCUCUCAGCAGAGGGUUGAGGGGCUCCAGACCACCGUGCUGCGCUGUGGGGGUGGGCACCGUGGGGAGGGAGGCAGGGCGCCGGUUUUCGGCGGUCCUGAGAGGAGACGAGCAGCUGCGUGCACAGCGUGCAGAUUUCCAAACACUGAAACUUUUACCUCAACUUAAGAAAAAAAAAACGAUUUAAAAAAAAAAGGAGACUUUUUUUGUAAGUUCAACCAUUUUCUACGCAAGCCCGGUGUCCUCACCCCUGCGCGCUGUGCGGCCGCGCCGCUUCCCAGUCAUGUAUAUAUAAAUACUUUAUUUAUUAACACCAUUGGUCAUUUUUUUAAAAAAAGACAAAACCAUGAAGAAGUGCAUUAAGAGAAGGGAGGGCGGCGUGUGGGGCUGGAAGGGAGCCUGGGCUGCGGCGGCGGCUCUCUGGGUUGGUUGGCCUAUUUUGGUUUCUUUGGUUUUUGUGUUUUUCUGGGGGUGUAUAAAACUGGGAGAUUUAGGGGUACAGACUCCUUCCAGCUGCAGCACAUUCUGAUGUCAUACGUCGUCUGUUCGGUUCUUCUGUAUCCACUUGCGGUCUCUUUGGACUGUUGGAAAUGGCUUUAGGGAAUCCCAGUUCUAUCAUGUAAGCUUUGUAAUCGGAGAGGAAACGAUGUAUAGUAAACCGAAGUCUUGAUUUUUAACUUUCUAUUGUAAAAAGUAAUAAUAUACAGAGUUUAACUGAAGCUUCUGUUGGGUUUUGGUUUUGUUGAGAAGCUGAGGCUUUGGAGUGCAGGGUCUGUCUGCCACGCUUGGGGCACGGUAGCUUUCGGCCGGGAGCACAAGGCCAGCCUCGAGCUGGGCAGGCUCUCUCUGUGCACCUGCGCUUGCCAGAGGCGGAGGUGGCUGGGUGGCUCAGGAAUCUUCAGUGAGCCAGAGGCGGCAGGGCGGGUGUGCCUCCGUGAGGGCCGCUGGUUGUGUACGUGGGAUGCGUGUCCAGGUAUCUGGCCCGCUACGGUUCCCGCCAGCGGGAGACGGGCCCGUGGACAGCUCCCGGCCCGGGACAGUGUUGUGACAGCCCUGACACAGGCUCCAGCCACACCAGCAGCAUUUGAGGCAGCCGAGCGGAUGCAGACGAGAGGAGACGGCAGGCUGCUGCGCGCCCACCGCUGGCGGCCUGACACCGGUCGUGUUCAGCCAGUUGGGUAAACUUUUAAGUCAGUUUUGUUUAUAAUAAAAAAUAAGACAUGGAUUUUUUAAAGUUCCAUUUUUUUUAAUUACCCUUGUUUUUCAAAGGUAUUUUCUAAGCAGAUCUUGAAUAGAACGUUUGAACUGUGACCUUAGGAACUGCCGGUGGAGCCGGAGCAGUCUUCACCACGCCAGCAGGCCCGUGGCGCCUAGUCUGUCACAGGUGCCGGCCCCGCCCUCGUGCUGGGGCUGCCAGGCAGCCCAGGGGCCCUGUGCGAGCGGGGGGGGGGGGGGGCGGGGAAGGGUCUGGGGUUCCUGCUGUCAUUCAUUGGUGCUGUAACCUUUUAAGGCUUUCUGUCCAGACUUUAGGCUGUUUCCCCUCUGUGUUGAGGGCCAGUGGCCUCUCAGCCUCUGGGGUCCCAUGUGGCUGCGGGGAACCACUGUGUGCGUCCCCUGAUGGGAAAGGCUGCUGGGCGCGCACGGGGCGGCUCUGCACAGGCUUCCCUAAGCCAGGGGGAGGGCAGGGUCAGGUGUGACCACCUCGGUUGCCCUGGGGGCCCAGGGCGGCUUCAGAGUCAGUGGGUCCCGAGACCUCUCCUCAGCGUGUUCCGUUUGUCCAUCUUGGUUUGCCUUCUGCAGCCGUCACCCCGUUUGCAGUCAUCUGGGAAAAAAAAUAUCCACAUCGCUGUUCCGAAUGCCGGCCUGCCUAACACUUCCAGGAAGAUUUUUGUUUUUAUAUUUACAAUGUUACUUUUCUGUAUGAUGUGCAUGCAAGUUGACCGUACCUUUUCUUAAGCUUUUUAGCGCCGUUUCUAGUAGAGUCCUGUAAUGUCAUUACUGAAAAUGAGUCCAGUGUAAGUAGUUUUAGCUUGUUUUUUGCAAUGCCAGCGCAACACCACAGAGUAAAACCGGUAGGAAGUACUCUUUGAUGUUUCUGGUAAUCAUGGACCCUUCUCCUGGGGUAUUUGUUUUGUUUUCAUAAUAAAAAG